CAUGUGAAAAAUUGGGCUGUGAUUCCUGAACUUUUUUUUAAACCUCCUCUUCCCUGUUACCUACAGGACAGUGAAUCUCUGUAUUGUGGGCAUCUACACUUGAUUUCUGACCUCUUACAAGCUAUGUUCAAGGAAACUUACUCUCUUCAGAAGCAGCUGAUGGAACUGCUUGAUACGAUUUCCAUGGGCUCUGCUUCUACUGAAGAUAACAUCACAGAUAUGGUGUCAGUAAUCCACACUGUGCUGGAGAUAUGCUCUGUCAUUUCCAACAUGGACCAUGCUCUUCAUGCCAAUACGUGGAAGUUCAUCAUUAAGCAAAGCCUGAAGCAUCAUUCUCUGCUGCAGUGCCAUCUGAAACACAGUGAUAUCCUCGGUGGCCUGUGCAAUGACACUCUCCUUUCUUUUCACUCCUGUUUGCAACUGGCUGAGCAAAUGAAGAUGUCAGAGAUACAGGAGGGCACUGACCUCAGGCUGUUCCAGAAGACAGUCAAACUGUGCAGGUUCUUUGCUAAUUCCCUGGUACACUACACCAAGGAAUUUCUUUCUUUCUUCUCUGAUUCGUGUUCUCAGUUACAUCAGCUCUUUCUUCAGAUAUACAGCAAAUUUCCUCCCAGUCUUUAUGCUCCAGAGAUUUCUGAAGUUCACAGAGAUGAAAUAUCCCGGGUGUUUCUUGUGGCUCUGGACCCUCUCAUCAAUCAGCUUCUUCCCUUUAGCCCAUUUAUGGAGCAAGUGUUAAGUGAAAAGCUAGGUCUCCCUCCUGAGCAGCAGCUGCCUCAGUGUCUCAUCCUCAUUAUCAUAAUGGACAAACUGUCCUCUCAGCCUGAAGAAGUGCAGACUCUCUGGAACACGGGAAAAAGCCUAUCUUUAUUUUCAGCUCUCUUCUUCAGUUUCCAGCAAUGUUUUGGUGAGCUUUCUCUCCCUGUGUGUUUGCCAGAGGUGAUCAGUACAGGACAACUGGCAGUUCCCAUCACUCUCUAUCACUAUGUCUGUGUCCACCUGUGCUCCUUCAUUGCUUCCACGCUUCCAUCACACUUUCCUCAGCUGGAGUAUGCUCUGCUGGAUGCUGUGCUGAGUUCUAGUAUGAUCACGUCUUUGCUAGCAAUGGACUCAUGGUGCUUCCUUGCCCGGUAUGGAACAGCCGAACUAUGUGCUCACCACGUUGCUGUGAUUGCCCACUUGAUAAAGUCUUGGCCCAGUGACUGUUACCAGGUCUCUGCCUUGGGUGUUCUGCUGAGGCGUAUGCUUUUCUUGAUGGCUUCAGAUCAUCAGGUAGAAUUUGCUCGUAAGUUUGUUCCAGAAGAGGUGGAGAACUUGGCUGUGUGGCAGCACAUAUCCCUAAAGGCCCUGAAUCCUGAUCUGAGGAAACGAGUGGCAUGUCAGCUCUGUGUGGCUGGGCUUGCACAGUGCAGACGAUGGCUGAAUAGCAGGCGUGCUCUGGGAGAGCUCCGAUGUGUGAAUACUGCCCUUUCUGUGCUGCUGGCUGCCUGCAGUUUUGCUGAUGAUACUCUGGAGGCAGAGCUUCAGGCAUCUGUCUUGGGGGUGCUUGGUCAGUUCUGGACUUUUCUCCAGGCUAAGCAGGUCUCAGAUGAACCAUGUCUCCAGCAGACACUAUGUUUAUUACUUCACCUUCUGGAAUUUUUCAUUCAAGCAUUAGAUGCUCAACUGAUUAUGCAGGUAUUUGCCCUGCAGUCUUCCCUUUUUCAGUUGGAUCCCCCAGAUCAUGUUCGUCUAGCAAUGGUGGAUUUUCUGUCUUCUAUGGGAAAGGUGUUUAUACCGCAAGAAGCACAGAGGCAAGUUGUAACCCAGUUGUCGUGUGUGUUUGCUUCUCUAUUAGCUGACCAGACCUGGCUGAUUCAUCAGCAUGCACUGGAGGCAUUCACACAUUUUGCAGAGGAAACAAGCCAUGAAGAUGUUGUUCCUCUGUGCCUUAAUUCUGAAGAAACUAAGAACAAAGUCGUUAGUUUUCUGGCUAAGACGAGGCAGGUAGAAGAGACAACAGAAGCACGAACAGAACGCAUGAAGCAAGAAAGGAUUACUUGCAUUGCACAGCUGAUGAAAAUGGAUGGAGAGCUGGACUCAACAGGAGAGCCUCUGGCAAAAAGAGCUUGUCACCCACCCUCUGAGGAGCAGUAUAAGUCAGCAAUAGGCACUGUGGAGGGGGCAGUGGAGGCUGUGAAGCUGCUGCUCCAGAAGGGAUCACCCCCUGCUUGGCUUGCAGUGAAACUGGAGGCUCUACACACAGCCAUAGCCAUCCUCAGAGACAGUGUACGGUAA